AUGAAGACCAAAGACGGCUCCAAACCAGAUACAGCCGAAAACCUGCUUUCCACCCUCAACCGCUUAGCUGGCAAGCAGAUGAUCCAAGUUGUGAAGUGGGAGAAGGUACUUCCAGGAUUUAAAAACCUGCCUCUUGAGGACCAAAUAACCCUCAUCCAGUAUUCUUGGAUGUGUCUGUCGUCAUUUGCCUUGAGCUGGAGAUCAUACAAACAUACGGACACCCAGUAUCUCUAUUUUGCACCAGACUUAGUCUUUAAUGAAGAGAAGAUGCACCAGUCUGCCAUGUAUGAGCUCUGCCAGGGGAUGCACCAGAUCAGCCUUCAGUUUGUCCGGCUGAAGCUCACCUUCGAGGAAUACACUGUAAUGAAAGUGUUGCUGCUGCUGAGCACAAUUCCAAAGGAUGGCCUCAAAAGCCAGGCUGCGUUUGAAGAAAUGAGGACAAAUUACAUCAAGGAGCUGAGAAAGAUGGUAACGAAGUGUCCCAGCAACUCUGGGCAGAGCUGGCAGAGGUUCUACCAACUGACCAAGCUUCUGGACUCCAUGCAUGACGAUUUUCAGAACUAUGUUGACUGCUGCUGCUGCUGCUAA